GUCCCCAAGUCGGCCAAACCUUAAACGUGGACUUUAAGGACUGGAGAGAGGGGAUGAAGGGAAAUAUUAAAGACACGACAGGAAUGAAGAAGUUCUUGGAGGAAUAACGCGCCGGCUACACGCGAUGUCCGUUUAUAGUUUCACUUUUACGCGUCGCGGUUCUUUCUGCCUCCAGUGACUGUGCAGCCGCGGCGGAGGCGCUGAAAGCCAACACCACAAGCAGCAGCUGAACUCUUCCUCUGGUCACCACCUGAACACAGUGACAGCUCCAUCAUCAGCUGUAACAAGCCUCUGGUGAAGAGAGCAGAGGAAGGAGUGGAAGGCAUGAACUCCUCCUGUUCCUCUGCGGCAGGGAAAGCCGACAUGCACUUCUGCGCCGUGUGCCAUGACUACGCCUCUGGGUACCACUACGGUGUGUGGUCCUGCGAGGGCUGCAAGGCUUUUUUCAAGAGGAGCAUUCAAGGGCACAAUGAUUACAUCUGCCCCGCCACAAAUCAAUGCACUAUCGACAAGAACCGACGUAAGAGCUGCCAGGCCUGCCGCCUUCGUAAAUGCUACGAAGUGGGCAUGAUGAAGUGUGGUGUAAGGCGUGAACGCUGCAGCUACAGAGGGGCCCGACACCGCCGCGGUGGACUCCAGACUCGGGAUCCAACUGGCAGGGGUUUGGUCCGGUUGGGGCUGGGUUCUCGGGCCCAGCGGCAUCUCCACCUGGAGGCUCCUCUCGCCCCCCUCCCUCAGGUGAACCACGUGCACCACUCGGCCAUGAGCCCAGAAGAGUUCAUCUCGCGCAUCAUGGAGGCGGAACCUCCAGAGAUCUACCUCAUGGAGGACCUGAAGAAGCCCUUCACCGAGGCCAGCAUGAUGAUGUCCCUCACCAACCUGGCAGACAAGGAACUGGUCCUCAUGAUCAGCUGGGCUAAGAAGAUCCCUGGCUUUGUGGAGCUGAGUCUGUCUGAUCAGAUCCACCUGCUGAAGUGCUGCUGGCUGGAGAUCCUGAUGUUGGGCCUGAUGUGGAGGUCGGUGGAUCACCCGGGAAAACUCAUCUUCUCUCCAGACUUCAAACUGAACAGGGAGGAGGGACAGUGCGUGGAGGGCAUCAUGGAGAUUUUCGACAUGCUGCUGGCAGCCACCUCUCGGUUCCGCGAGCUGAAGCUUCAGAGGGAGGAGUACGUCUGUCUGAAGGCCAUGAUCCUCCUCAACUCCAAUCUGUGCACGAGCGCCCCUCAGACAGCAGAGGAGCUGGAGAGCAGGAACAAGUUGCUGCGUUUGCUGGACUCGGUGAUCGAUGCUCUGGUCUGGGCCAUUUCCAAAAUGGGCCUGUCGACCCAGCAGCAGACUCUGCGCCUCGGACACCUCACCAUGCUGCUCUCCCACAUCCGCCACGUCAGUAACAAAGGCAUGGACCAUCUGUCCACCAUGAAGAGGAAGAACGUGGUGCUGGUGUACGACCUCCUCCUGGAGAUGCUGGACGCCAACACGUCCAGUAGCAGCAGUCAGCCGUCGUCCUCGCCGAGCUCCGACACUUACUCUGACCAGCAGCAACAGCCGCAACCUCCGUCUCACCUGCAGCCGGGCUCACACCAGACCACCGCCGACCACAGCACUGUGCCUCCGCACGGCCCCUGCGUAGACCAGAUCCUGGACGGACACCUGCAGGCUCUGCCCCUCCAGUCCUCGCCGCCAUUCCAGAGUUUAGAGGUGCCUCACAUGGAUAGCAAUGAUUACAUCCCUCCGGAGCAGUGGUCACUGGAAGCGGGAGAUGCCGGUCCAUUGGUGGAACCAGCAAACUACGUCAUCCCAGAUCGAGUUGUCAUGGAAACUGCCUUAGUGUAACGGGACUGUAAGGGACAAACUGAGACUGGACCUUAAUGGCUUUCCAUCCCCCAAAGAUCAAGAAGAGGAAACAAAAAUGGAUUUAAAAAAAACAAAAAAAAGUGCUAUUGUGAGGUAACGUUUUUUUUGUUCUCUUGAGAUGUUUUUAGUCUUUGAAAAAUAAUGUUUUGGAUCGAAUGUACAUUUUGUGUGCGUUAAUAUUUCUUGUGAAUGUGCACUACAGUAGGUGUUCAUAAGAACAUCGCUGAAACCUUUGCCAGUCAGUUUGAGCUUUUUUGAUAUACAGUAUUUGUAUCUCCUUUUUCCACCUCGGUGUAACAUCCAGAACAAGCCGUCUACAAACCGUCUGCAGUGACUUACAGAAACCUGGUGCAUGUUGUCAACAGUUAGCAUCAAUUCCCAUAAGCAUCACUAGUCUUAUAGCUAAAAAAAAAAGGGCAGUGUUUUCUACUGCACUGUGGUGUUUUUCUCCUUCACUAUGACUGUGUACUUUGGUGUUUUAAUCAGUGACUGUUCAUCCAGGAUUUUUCUACUCUCUUUGUACAAACUACACGUGUCAGUGGAGUCAAGAAAAAGCAGGUUGUGGCCUUUUAACAAAAAUGACUGUUAGCAGAAGCUUUCUACUCUCUUCGUGUGGUUAAAUAAGGCUGAAUUUACACAAUAUGAUAUGUGGCACAGAUAUAAGUUCUUAGGUACACCAGAAAAGAAACCUGAAAAAGUUAAAUCAAUGUAUUGUAAUUGAUGACAGGAUAGCUCUAAAACUGACUGCCUAAGCUCUUAAAGUUAUCAUGUAAAUAUAAUAACUUGCUAACUAUACAUAUGUUCUAAUUCUAACAUGCAAAAAAGACAUGCUAAUUGUAUACAUUCUGACCUGCUAACUUCUCUAUGUAAGCCAUAUUUUAACAAUGUAUCAAGCUAAUGUGCCAAACUAAAUGUUAGCAUGUUUUUAAUUACUAGCAAAACAUUAAAAUGUAACCUUAUGUGUUACUAUGUAUACUUGA